CUGCUUGAAAACGCCUUGAUAAGCUUGCGCUGAAUUACACUAAUCUUUAAAGAACCUUCACUGCCCAAAGUACCUCAAUUUGAAGGGAAAACUCAAGAAGAGUAGUUUUUGGCUGUGUUGAUUUCAUUUUUGUGGGUUCUUCUGCUGGACACGACAAUGACUUCCACCCUGAGGAGAGUGUACCACGUAGCGGCUUUCAGCUGGUAUGCAUUUGUUGUGAAGUGUCUCAUUGCAAAGGAAGGAGAAGAACUGCCACCAGGCAUCUUUCUUUACGGAGGACCUUGGAAGUACCUUACUUUUUUGAAUUUGUUACUACAAAUGUCUUUCUUUGGGCUGGCAGCCCUGAAUGAUCUACAAGCUGGGAAAAAAUCAGAGAGUACUCUGAAAAGAUGCAAAGACCUCCUCUUCUCUGUCUUUGCCUUCCCUGUAGGAAUGUUUGUUGUUCUACUUUUCUGGACGAUCUUUGCCUAUGACAGAGAAUUAGUCUACCCAGCUACUAUUGACACCUUCUUUCCUCCCUGGAUAAACCAUGCCAUGCACACAUUUGUCCUUCCUGUAUUACUUGGAGAAGUGUUGGUGCAGCCUCACAUCUACCCGCAGACUAAAUACGCCCUGGCAGCGCUGGGAGGUGUGGGCUCGGCAUACUUAUUUUGGAUUGUGUGGGUGUACUUGUCCGUUGGGAUCUGGGUGUACCCCCUCCUUGCCUACUUCAGCACAGCUGGUCUGGUGGGCUUCUUCUUUUUUAACAUGUCGGUGGUGGUAUUCCUCUACGUGCUAGGAGACAAACUCAACAGCCGUGUUUGGAGGAAGGACAUGAACCAAAUGACAACAACAGCAAAGUAAUUCAGCCUCUCUGCAAAUAAAUAUGGAGGCACAGUAGACCUUCAAAGGGACACUAUGCAACUUGAAACACAAUAUUCCUUCUUUAAAUGAAAGGUUAGAAUUAUAAGAAAUGAAUAGCGACAUUGCUCAAAUAAAUACACUGCGGGGUGUUGAUGCACAACCUUCGUUGGGCUGGAAUGAUUAAUAGUUUAGUAGUUUGCUGAUCCUUAAACUUGUAUGCAGCAAACAGUACACUCACGUUAAUGUUGAGUGUUCAGCUAAAAUCUAAUUAGCAUUUAUUUCAUUAUUGUCAUUAAAAAAAUGUUACAUGGUUUUAGUUUCAUUGUGAAUGGCUUAAUCUGCCAUGAAAAUUCAGCCAACAGCUAUAUUAGGUAACACUUGUACUUCAAUGUGAAUAUUAGAGGGCAAAGCUCAAUAAAGGAGUGGGCUAUUAACAUAGACAACAACUUAAACAUUAAAGCAAGUCCAGUAAAGCAAGUACCACUGAAAGCAACUGCACAAGUAAUCCUCCCGUUCUAUAGUAUUAUUAUUAUAAUUACAUUCAUUUUAAGCAGUGACAGAUCAAAAAUCAGAGUACGGUUCUUCCCACAAAUUACCCAGGAAUAAUACAAGAAGCAGUCAGAAUCAUCAACGUCAAGUCGACAAUAAGCACUGUUACGUCCCUCUCUUCACAAAGCAAUUCAUUACCAAUGUCAUGUUUGGCCUGAAUAAAGUGCAUUUUCACCCAUUAA